AUGACAGUCGAUACAGGUCGCGGAGGUCAGAUGAUCGAGUACAUCCAAGACCGCCUUUACCUGGGCUCUUAUGACUCGGCGCCAUCUUCAAGAACGCCUUUCCCUUUCCCGCUCGAUACAGCCAAGUCUCCAAGCAAGCGAUCGGCUCGGGUCCAGCCUACUACGCCGACGAGCAAGCGCCGCUCCCCAGUGUAUUUCACGGUCGAUGACACCCUUCUUUACAAUGCAUUCCAUGCCGAUUUCGGCCCUCUCCACAUUGGUCACCUGUACCGCUUCGCUGUGCUCUUCCACGAGAUCCUGGGAGACCCAGCAAACAGUGAUCGUCCAGUUGUCUUUUAUAGCAAGACAGACGCACGCAGUCGUGCCAACGCGGCCUGCCUUGUUGCCUGCUACAUGGUUCUGAUCCAAUCAUGGCCGCCCCACUUGGCUCUUGCACCCAUUGCGCAGGCUGACCCUCCUUAUAUGCCCUUCCGCGACGCUGGUUACAGCCAGGCGGACUUCAUUUUAAACAUUCAAGAUGUGGUCUAUGGCGUGUGGAGGGCUAAGGAGCAGGGUCUCUGUGGCCUGCGCGAUUUCAAUCUCGAAGAAUACGAGAAGUUCGAGCGAGUUGAUAUGGGCGAUUUCAACUGGGUCACCCAAGACUUCCUCGCCUUUGCCUCCCCACAACACCAACCCAUCGCUCCCGUUCCUGCGAACACCCCCGAAUACGAUGCGCUCCCAUCCAGCAUCUCCGAAGUCUUUUCGUCUAAACUCCCUCUUCCUUUCAAGAAUGUUCUCGCCCAUUUCUCUUCCCGCAACAUUGGCCUCGUGGUGCGAUUGAACUCCGAGCUCUAUAGCCCCUCAUAUUUUACCGCGAUGGGAAUCUCGCACAUCGACAUGAUCUUCGAGGAUGGUACAUGCCCUCCUCUUCAGCUCGUUCGCAAGUUCAUCAAGAUGGCACAUGACAUGAUCACCAUUAAGAAGAAGGGCAUUGCUGUGCACUGCAAGGCUGGACUGGGUCGCACUGGCUGCUUGAUCGGUGCCUAUCUGAUUUACCGCUACGGGUUCACUGCCAACGAGGUGAUUGCUUUCAUGCGUUUCAUGCGUCCCGGUAUGGUUGUGGGACCCCAACAACACUGGCUUCAUUUGAACCAGAUGGCUUUCCGAGAGUGGUGGUUCGAGGACAGCAUGAAGGAAAAGCUCGCCCAGUCUGCUCCGGCUACUCCUGCUCGUGUUUCGACGAAGAAGCGUCCUAGCAAUGGUCAAGUGGCGACUCCCCCCAAUAACAGCCACUCUAAGCGCGCGGCCCUGGGGGAAAUUGACCACAAUGAAGGCGCGGCUAGCCAGCACGAGGAAAAUCUUCCCGCCCCUACCCCUGGGCAGCCUCGUAAAUCUCAUCGCAAAGAUUCCCGGCACCACCCUUACUCUAGGACCGCAUCAGGUUCUCUAGCUGUUGAACAGAAUGGAGACCGAAACCACCGGGGUCACCGCCUGAGCAAUGAAAGCAGUGAAAGCGAUGAAGAGAUUCAAUUACGCAUGCUCGCCAAGCAGCGAGCAUCGCGAUCCCCAGUUGCAUCACCAACCUCGCGGUCUAUCAGCUACUCGGCAACCGUCACUGCUAGCUACACAUUAGCAGAUGACAUUCACGAGGACAGGGAAAACUGGGUUGAGACUGCCGCUCCUAAGACCCCCCUCGAGUCGGAAGAGUGCCAAUGGUCCGAUCUCGGUCAGCAAAGUUCGCUCCAGCCCCCGGCGGGCAACAGACAGCAACAAGAGUGA